AUGUUUUCACCUGACGGUGCUUUCAUCAACACGAGCGAGAUACUCAGCGAUUCUGUAGCUGAGGCCAUCUACAACGGACUUGAGGACAAGGUCGCUACGGAAAACAUUGCUGCUGGACGUGUAGGAAAUUUGAAAGGCGAUCCUAAAUUCGCAGAGGCCAAAGCAUAUGCCGAUUCAGAAGUUUCCAAGCGACUGCCCGCGGCUAUUUUACAGGCUGAGGUUGAAGCUAGGGCCGGACAGGGAGAUCACUCGGGAGACCGGGCCGCUGAUCGGGGAUAUGAGGUCGACAAUGAACAACAGGCUAACGAUGACGGACGGCACGCUGAGGUGAAAGGUGUACAAGCCCACGAAGGAAACGCACGAGCUGAUGAAGAAGAGGUACAAGCCGACGACGGAGGUGUACAAACCGACAAUGAAGAAAUACAGUCUCAGUACGGAGGCCUCAAUGUGGAAUCAGCAAUCACUAGCAGAGGAACAGAGAACACCGAUGUGGACAAUGACCUGCUCGUGAGGCUGGGGGACGAGAAACUGCUGAAAAUGGACAAGAUAGCAGAGUACAUGUUCAUUGGUAUGCGAGUCAGUCAGUGUCGUGACCAGUAUAAUGCUCUGACAACGGAAUAA